AUCUGUAUAUCAGCCCCAGACCAUGCAGACAUCUUUACAAGUGUCGCCACAGACCCAUGCAAGGUGGGUUUCUUGUGGCUUCCUCGUUCUUAUCAAUGUGUGCAUUGUAAUGGUGCUGAAAAUGAGGUUGCUACCUUCGUCGUCGCUGCUGUGACACUAAAGUUAUAUGAUGGCACGAGGUAACAGCUGGAUGACAGACUAUGCAGAAGAUGUGUUGUCAUGGAUGCAUUAUAGAGAGAGGAAACACCUUCCAUACAAUGGUAAUUCUCCUCAGUUGUCAAUGAGGGGGGCGUUGGUAGAUUUCUUGUGCUUGGUUUGCGAACGCCUGAAGCUCAGUGUUGCAACGACCCACCUCUCUGUGUACCUUUUAGACAGGUUUAUGGAUGCUCAUCAUAUAUCAGAUAACCAGCUACGCCUAACAGCUCUCGCCUCUAUAUUAUUAGCUGCAAAAUUUGAAGAAAAGGAUAUGAAUGUCCCAAGAAUCCCAGAGCUGAAUGCUUUUGCAAAUAACAGAUAUAGCAUAGCCAUCUUUAAUUCAAUGGAAGCUUUUAUGCUUAAGUACUUCAAUUGGAAUGUAGGGACUGUGACAGUAGCUCACUUUGCAGAGUUCUACCUCAUGCAUGGAGUAACAGCUGGUGACACUGUUGAAGGAGCAGAUCUUACUUCUCCAGCAUUAACUAGACAGACACUCUGGAGGGUAACUGCUCAGUUUCUUGAUAUUUCUCUACAAGAUCUAGUUUUCCUACAAUGGCAAAGCUCGCAGGUGGCGGCAGCAUGUUUAGCUUGUGGACGUUUGUGCUGUCAUUUACUUCCAACGUGGCCAGUUGCACUUCAAGCUACUACUGGGUAUCACCUACAGUCCCUAUCACAACUUAUGGAUCUUUUAUUAAGGUUGUAUGAAAGUGAAGAAAAGAGCAGUAUUUGCAGCACCCCAGAUUCUGGAUAUGGCAGUCGCUCAUCUAGUCUACGAGGAUCUCCGUAAAGAACGGCAUUAACUGGACUGAAGAACAUCAGGGAAAAAUAGGGCUACAUUCCUUGGAUCUUCAAAAAAGCCAAACAAUUUUUUUUUUCAAAAUAAGCUAAGAAGUUGGAAAACUACUUUAUCUUCUAGUUGCUUGUUGAUAUGCCAGUGUGUGGAGAGGAUUCACAUGGCAGGCAGAAUCAGCUUCUUACACCAUCACCUGCCAUCAGCAUGUGAACUACCAUAAAAAUAAGCCACAUUACUUGAUUAAGUUGUAUCUAACAUAGGAACUUGGCACACCUAUAACAAGCAAACAUGCUAAAGAUAAAUGUAUUUGAGAAACUAAUUAGAAUAAUGCAGAGUAUAAUAAUAAAAUGGUGUAGGAGGUGGCUGUUGCUUUUUGAGGGCUGUGAUGUUUGUGCCAUGUGAACCCUCCCAGUGGUGUGAAGGGCUGUUGUGCCUCAGUGUGAAGUAAGCUGUGGUGACCCUAUGGACCCUAAACAGAAAUGAAUUUGUCAUGACUGCAUCAUUCAAAAUCAUACCUUUCCUACACAACUUUCUCAUGUGAUAACUUUUUCACACUUUUUCAGUAACUUCUGAAAUAAGCUAGAGUAAAGACAUGGCUGUUAAAGGCACAGGAAUGUAUAAUUACUAUGUAAUUACAAGUUACUAGCCACCUUGCACUGCCUCCCACCAUAUCUAAAAACCUCAUUUUUUUUCAAAACUGUCAGUUUCAUAUUCUUUGCACCUUAGCCUGCAAGUAUUUUUUUGUGUCCCAUGGUUAAUAUACAGAUGAGGUGAGUGAUGACAGUAUUUAAAUUAUUCAAUAAACAGAAUGAGUAACGUAUGUGAUACUGCUAGAAGGCAACUGGCAGCAUGGGUGGCUGUACAAGUAUUGAUGCUAAGCCUUUCCCUAAAACAGUGGACUCGUCCAUAAGCCAGCUAUGCUGCAGAGAAAAGAGAAAUAUCCCACCAUGUAUGCAUAUUUCCUAGGUAGUAGGUUGGUAAACAGCAACCGCCCAGGGAGGUACUACCGUUCUGUCAAGCGAGUGUAAAACGAAAGCCUGUACAGCCUCUCCUCACUUAGCGACGUACAGUGGUAGUUUUGGCCAUAAUUCGUUCCAGAAGGCUGUUCGAGUGCUGUUACCAAACGAAUUUGUUCCCAUAAGGAAUAAUGUAAAUUAGAUUAGUCCGUUUCAGACCCCAUAAAUACACUUACAAAAGCACUUAAAAUAAUACACUUUAAAUAAUUGUUCGAGUUGGGAUCUGUACGAAACUCAGGGUACCACUGUACUUGUUUACCGAUGGCUCAGACUUACAACAGGCUCUGACCAAUAUGCAUACCUAAAUACUGUAUAUUAGAGCUGAUUUCCUCUACUGUUUAUUACAAUAUACAGUACACUGUUGUAUAAACAUUUAAAAAUACAACGGAAAUGUUAUAAAUGGUACAAAGGCGACAUUAAAACAAUAUCAAAGAUGGUUGACACAAACCCACUACCACUGUAGUAAGCUCCUCACUUAAUGACGAAUUUGUUUACCGACAUAGUCUCCUCAUUAAGUGAGGAGAGACUGUAAUUGUUUUACAUUAUGGUAGGAUUGCCGGUUUCUUUUUUUCUGUCUCAUAAACAUACAAGAUUUCAGGUACGUCUUGCUACUUCUACUUACGCUUAGGUCACACUACACAUGCAUGCACAAGCAUUUAUAUAUGUACACACCCCUCUGGGUUUUCUUCUAUUUUCUUACUAGUUCCUGUUCUUGUUUAUAUCCUCAUAUCUCCAUGGGAAAGUGGAACAGUACUCUUCCUCCAUGAGCCAUGCGUGUCAUAAGAGACGACUAAAAUGCCAGGAGCAUGGGGCUAGUAACCCCUUCUCCUGUAUACAUUAGUGAAGUUAAGAAGAGAAACUUGUUUUUCUUUUGGGGUCACCCUGCUUCGGUACGAUACGGCCAGGUUGUUGAAAGAAGAGAAGAGUAUGCAUAUUUUUUCAACCUUUAUGGCACACAUCAUCAUUCUCAUUUCUGAUGCAAUUAGGGCAUAGGUGCAUUUUUCAGUGGUUGAAAAUGCUGAUGUGCGGUAAUUGGGAUUCUACUGUAUCUUUUUUCAGCCUAAAUGUUCAGGUGUUCAUAGGUUUAGUAACACAUACCCCAUGGGCAGCUUGUACUAGCAAUGCUGUCAAUGAAAUGGCAAAACUGCACCAGUUACUUGUUUUGAACCAUCCAUUUUAUUAACAUCUAGGUUUAGCACACUAGUGAAACUGGUGUCAAAAACUAAACCAUGCACACAUGAAACCCCACAUUCUGGGACUAUUAUAAAAUGAUGGAAAAGUGUACAGAAAAUACUGAAUAUUACUUCUGGUACACCAUAGUUAAGAAAAACUGCUAUAGCAUUGUAUUAAUUUACCCAUUAUUGUAAAGCCUCUUCAUUUUGUUCUUAUUGAAUUGUAUAAUUACUGUGUUUGCAGUUUACAAGUAUUUUUUUUUUUUUGUGUGUGUAAAUAAAAUAGCAUUCUGGGAAUGGAGGAUGUCCUAAGAGGAAUAAUUGUUCAAUAUUGUAAAAAGUAUUUAUUACUGGCAUUUUAGUUAACUUUUAUACUAAGUAAGGUUCUUGGUGUUGACAUGGUGUGUUUGUAUAAUAAGUAGCAUAUCUGAAGCCCUCUAAUUUUUUCUUGAAAUAAGUUUUGUUCUAUUUUGAAUAAAUAGAAUUUAUGUAAAAUUAAAAUUUUGCAAAAAAUGAAAGUUUGUAUCUCGUUUAAAGGAUGAUAAAUGGUUGGUGACUUUAUCAAUAUGUAAUCUAGUAACUUGUGUUGCUUAAAUUUUUACAAAUCUUUUGUUGCUUAAAAUCUUGCACUCUAGAUUCAUGGUCUUAUGAUAUAAACAGUAAAAUUUAUCACUUAAAUUUUGUCAAUUGCUGAAGUUUAUUUUUGUUUUUUUUAACUAAGAAUAAGGUACAAUGCUGUGGCUGGAGCAAAUUUGACAGUCACACAAAUAGAAACUGAAAGCUAGAUGAUGCAUGUUCUGUUCUGGACUCUUAUGUUGUCAAGUCUGAAGUAAGUUAGAAGGCAGUCAAAACAAAUGAGGCCACUUUAGUCAGGUCAAGUAAUUAUUUUUCUGACAAGAUCAUGUACUGGGAAAGACUGGCUUUGUUUCUAUAGAUACUUACCUUUCUCAGUACAUUGUCAAAUGAUUUAGUCAUCAGAGAACAUGUGACUUGACCUAAACUUGGCCUUCUCACCUUCCCAUAGUAUGAACUAAACCUUUAACUUCAAUAAUUUUUAUAUUUUACUUGUGAUUUAAAAGUUGUCCAGGGCAAACCAAAAUUAUCAGUUUUCAUUACUAGUUUGUAUUUUUUUUUUUUGUUUAGUUAUAGGUAUGCAGUACAUAUACAUAGUUUUUAGGUAACCACUAAAAAUGGGUAACGGUGACAAGUGUGAUACUGCUACAAUGGUGCUAUUAAUUUGUACACAGAGUUGCUCAAAUUGUUUAUGAAUGAAGUUUUGGAUGUAAAUUUAUGUUUCCAUUUACUUGUACAAUACAGUAUUUCAAUUUCAGUAUUAUUUAGUGUUUGCAGAAACCCCAGUAUUUACUGUGCACAGUAGCAAAUACUAACUGUGAUGUAUGCAUUAUUUUUUGUUAGUUUGUGUUUAAUUUACAGAUAAGUGCAU